CAUUGAUAGCCCGGUCUGAACAACCCGAGCAGCACCUAUUCUGUUAAACCCCUAACAAAACCCUCACUUGCUCGCAUCUCCAUUUCUGUUUAUCAACAUCAACACAAAUAACUUGAUUAGCAAUGGCAUGGCGUGGAUCACUCUCUAGAACCCUCAUCUCGACGGCCAGAUCCUCCAUUUCUCGUCCCUCACCGCCGCUCCCUCGUCUCCGGCCUCCAUCGCUCGCCUCUCCUCGCCUCCGCCACUCCUUUACAAACCCUAGGAAUUUGGGUGAAAUUGGAUGCUCUCAAUUGCUGUUACCUAUGCUUGCCGGAACUCGACUCACUUCGCAUCUUAAUGCUAAUGUUCGGGCUUUUUGCGAGUUGACUCACGGUACCUUCUGCCGUUCUUGUCAAGAUCGCUAAUAGUUGAGUCUUACAUGAUUCACAUGAUAAUUAGCACUUGAGACUGCCAAUUUGAUAACAGCAACUGGAUUCUUUGAUCCUUGGUAUGAUUACAGCAAGUAGGCGUCUCAUGUGGAGCUUGGUUUUCUUAAGAUCUAAACAAUUCAUAAGAAUAUACUGUUAUUUUACUGAUCAGUGGUAGCACCUUUCCAAAAUAGUUAAGAUGCUUGCACUCUUUAAACCAUGAUAGUGGUUUAUCAUUUACUUGAGUUGAAGUUGAUGUCUUUAAAUAAAUUUUUAGUUGGUCCUUCUGGACCAUUUCAUAAUUGCAGAAGAAUAUUUCCAACUGUAUCGAGGAAGCAUUGCUUUGUCAUGCAAUUAUAUAUAUUAUCACUUUUGACUUUAA